GGCACUAAAAUUUCUCUCAUAUUCCAUUGCCACUUGAAUCAUCUCCGCUUUUGCAGAUUAUCCGUCAAGGAAGGCACUUUUGAUUUCUACUCCUUGCAGUAAUUUUUGCAUCUGACACUCUUUGUGUCAUUCACCACCUCUUACAAGACCCAUUCUCACGGUUGAAUUUCUUAUCACAACAGUUUUUGAACGGUCUUCUCGCGAUCACUCCUGUCCUGAUCCCGAGGGUUGCUCUCGUGGGCUAUAUCAACAGUCUUUUUUUUCUUUUCUUUUCUUGUUAAAUACAACCACAAAGAAUAGCUGCUUGGAUUAUUCGAACGAAUUCACCAACCCGGGCUCUCCGGCGUGAUCGUUUCCGGAGAUGAAGGUCUUUUCAUCGACUUGCACUUUUGAUUACUCGUGGGAGGAGGUUUCAACCGCAAACUGGCGGAAGUACUCCCCAUGGAACGAUAAAUCAACACACGUUGUAGCGGUGGAUACUCUGUCACGGACGGUUGACCCCGAGACUGGAAUCCUACGCACAGAACGUCUCAUCACAUGCGACCAGUCUGUUCCACAAUGGGUCAUUUCAUUGUUUGGAGGUAGUGCUACGUCCCACGUUUACGAAAUCUCUUACGUCGACCCGAACUCGAAGAAAGUUACCAUGUGCUCUACGAAUCUCACAUGGUCCAAUGUCCUGAGUGUUCGCGAAACCGUGGUAUACCGGCCAUCGGCCUCAACUCCUUCUUCUACCACGGAGUUCAACCAGGAGGCCAAAAUCACUGCUCUCUGUGGCGGAUGGCAGAAGAUCAAGAACAAGGUCGAAGAGGCAAGCGUUGAGAGAUUUAGCCAGAACGCCAAACGGGGUAGGGAAGGAUUUGAAGCCGUUCUUGAGAUGAGCCGACGAGUUUUCAGCGAACAACGUGAGCGCGAAACCAACACCGCCUGAUUUGUUCAGCAUGGUUGGCCUAUCUAUCCGCAUCAUUGUACACCAAGCGUUUGCCUUGCAUAAACCGGCGUCGAUUUGAAUUGUUUACGAGCGUGUGAUUGAUUUGGCGUUGUUUUUUUUGGGUUGAUCUUCGCAUUUUUACUCGGCCCUUACCAUCCCCACUACUGUUUUAUUACGCCACCCCGAUUUAUGAGGCAUGUUUUAUAAAAGUUCCAGAUAUCCUUUGUCAUGUUUAAGACCAGCGACUUUCCUCUGCUCCGGACAAGACACGAGGCAAUGAUACAUUAGACAUUUACAGCACUAUGUUACAGUAUAGAAUAAUGGUAUCGGUUUUCA